CAGCACAUUCUGUUGUUUUAUUUUCCAGGUUCUGGGUUCAUCAUGUGCAGCGGCAAAGAGAAUCCAGACAGCGAUGCUGACCUGGAUGUGGAUGGGGACGACACACUUGAAUACGGGAAACCACAGUACACAGAGGCAGACGUUAUCCCUUGCACUGGAGAAGAGCCAGGUGAAGCCAAAGAGAGGGAGGCGCUCCGAGGUGCUGUUUUAAAUGGUGGCACACCAAGUACUCGAAUAACACCGGAGUUUUCUAAAUGGGCCAGCGACGAAAUGCCCUCAACGAGUAAUGGUGAAAGCAGUAAACAGGAAACCAUGCAGAAGACCUGUAAGAACAGUGACAUUGAAAAAAUUACAGAAGACUCUGCAGUGACAACAUUUGAAGCACUAAAGGCUCGUGUCCGUGAGUUAGAAAGGCAGCUUUCCCGUGGGGACCGCUAUAAAUGUCUCAUUUGCAUGGACUCCUACACAAUGCCCCUGACUUCCAUUCAGUGCUGGCAUGUGCACUGUGAAGAAUGCUGGCUGCGGACUCUGAUUGUUCUUAGGCUCGGCAACUUCAGUCGGGUCCCUUUGUUUCAUGGUCACCGCUGCUCAUAAGAACUGGAAAACCUCACUCCGGGUGCUGAGGGGCUGGCGUGUCUGGGUACCUGUGGGGGAGCACACAGCUCUUCUGCCGAGCAGGCAGGAUGGGAACAGUCCAGCAGGACAGCACAUUAGGGCUUGGCACUUGCAUAGGGGAAGCAAUUAAUAAGUGGCUACUCAUGUGUUCCCCAGCCCUAGCCUCUCCCUGCAGCCCCCGAUUUAUUACACCAGGCCUUUUCACAAGGCAUGCUUGCGCUCUUUCCCGUCUCAAAAAAAUCUCCCAGCCUGUGUUCGCAUGUUUCUAAUGUAACCAUUAAAAUGUAGCCCGAAGACAGCAAUAAAAACCCUGGAACGCCUUGGUGCUUUUGUGUCUUGAUCAAAGUCAAUGUGUGUAAUCUCGUUAAGACUGCCCUCCUUCCCCCCUCCUUUUUUAUGAAUUUAAUGGCAUGCAGCAGCUGGGCUCAGUGUUUAAUGCUCACCAACCUGCAUUGUUCUAAUUAAGGUAUCUCCUUUUAUUUCGGGCACAAAAGAGACUCUUGUUUUUUUUAACAAGCGAGGAGCUGUGGGAUAGUGUGUGUAAUAAUCGCCACUGUUACCUUUCCCUGGGAAUAAAGCUGGCUCCCCAGCAGGGCAGGAGGGGGAUCGGAGGGAGCCUGCGCGUGUAGCACACAUGGAAAGACUUGGUAGGGGGGGAGGGGCAGCGUUUUUCUUCUAUUGUGCAAUAAACAAUUCGUUGGAGUUCAUGGGAGCUGGGCCUGCUGGGUUGUGCAGGGCUUCCAACAUUCUGGAGAGCAGCCAUUCCUGCUGCUCAGACAGACCGUCCUUCGUGUGCCUCUGUUCUGUGCACUGACAAAAUUUGGUACUGAGUUAGAGUGUGAGGUUUGAGUGAAAGAGGAGAGUGGUGUGUUGAGUGUGGCCUGGGAAAUGGAGGCUCCACGUGCCUUGGAGCACUUGUUAACCUGAGUGAGUUGUUGAGGAUGGCGUAAAAUCUGGUGCUGACAUUUGUCACGGAGCAAGGGAGAGAAAACUGAUUUUCAGAGUUUGGGGUUUUGUUAUUUUCUAGGAUACAGUACUAGAAGAAUCUGAGCAUCUCUGAUAUCUUCAGAUUGCUGUCGUGUCUAAGGGCACUGGUGAGGAUUAGGUCUGUAGAGCACUUUAGGUUCCUGAAAACAAUUCUUGGACUUCAAGUUCUUGAAAUCCAAUUCCAGAUUGUUACUGUUCUCUCGCUGGUGGAGAGGGGGAGGCGUUUGUAAACACUGCACAUGGCUGCUGGGUUCCUCAGCUCAGGUACUGGAGCUCAGUGCACCAGACUGGCUCCAAGUCCUGGCAACGAAGCAUCCACCAGAGCUGGUUCCUUCUCUCCAUCCUGCUGCUCUGGAGGUGCUGCAUAGCAGAAAGGGGCCCUGAAGAUGAGUUAGGGGAACAGAGAUGGAUGGUGGUGCUGGUCAAGUCAGCCAGUAUGUCAGUACCAGUGGAUGUUUGCAGACAGCUCUCCUCUCGUGUGGCCUUUGAGGGAGUGAGGAUCUGUCUCUCCACCCAGCACCAGGAGUAGAGGAAUAAGGAGUUUGCUCUCCUUCCUGAGGGCUGCGGUGUGGAGCAAACAGGCGUGGGGUGUGCCAUGCAUACCACAUGCACUGAGCAGCAAGCCACAACAGUCUGGUUGUGGCUUGGUCCCUGCUGGUCCCUGCUUGCUGGUUGUCUGUGGCACCUGACAUCAUGGUGUUUUUCACUCAUGUACAGCACUGGGAGCAGACGGAGGGGUAGUGAUAGCAUCAGGUAGCACAGAAGCUGGGACGUGAGUCUUGAGCUCGCUCGCUGCCAUCCCUUGUGGGAGGUGGGUGCCUGCUCUCAGCUGGCUGUUGGACUGCUUCCACGUGUGUGGGAUGAAUCUCCCUUUGGAAGAUGUUUGGCUGCCCCUUCUCUAUCCUUUCCCAUUAACUGAGAGGCCCCCUGCAGCUAUUCGGGGGUGAGUCUAUUUUCUUUCUCCUGGGAUGAAUCCUCUGACAGGAGAGAUGGGUGAUCUGCUGCACUGCUUUUCUGGGGAGGUUUGGAGCCACUGUCCGUGGUGGUUUGGGAGAGCAAGUUUGAUGUGCGUCUGUCAAAAGUAAUUCAGGUUGAGGUGAUCUUCCCAGGGGAAUAGAUUCUUGAGUUCUUGAAGGCCCUCUGAGCUGCAGUUCUGUCAUCUCCCAAACCCUGGUAUCCUUCCUUAGGAAAUAAAUGGAAUUAAGAGUGAAGUCAGGCUGCUUUUGUCCAAGCUCGGAGCUGCUGUGGGUGUGACAUGAAGGGCUGAAAGGGGAGGUUAAUUGGAGCAGGUGCACUUUGCUGAGUUUCCCUCUGGCCUGUGCAGCCAGAGCCAGCAUUUCCCGUGUGCACCCACUGGUCCCAGGCUUGUACUUGCCUGUCUCAGGCUUAUUUGAAAAUGACGACUGCAAGAGCAGGAAAAAAUCACUUUUAGAAAGCCUUCUUCAUCGCAGAAUGUGCUUUCAGGGGAUCCAUCAAUAGAUGCGUAUUCUCUGCAGCUGACACAUUUAUAUCUUUGGUAGAUGACACCGCUGCGUUCUGAGCCUUUCAGCGUUUUGCAGGCUAUAACACUGCGCGUCCCACGCGGGCUUGGAGUAUUUGUCUAAGUGCAGAUAAAGAGCGGUCCUUCAGGGCCUUCACGGGGCCUUCCUGAGCCAGCAGCUGCACGGAGGGUGCUGUGCUCCAUCCCCUGUGGUGCCCAUACUGCUGCCUGGUUUCUUACCAUGUAUUUCAGGUUUGGCCUUCAGCGCCCUAUGGCAGCGAGCUCCGUGCUUUGGGGAGGCUCUGUGAGAAAGGACGCCGUGCCGAUGGCCUUAGCCCUGCACCUGCACGUGUGUGAGAGGCAGAGGGGCCCCGGCUGGAUGCGUCACCCCAGGGCUCAGCUGCCCUCCUGGCAGAAGCUGGCUCUUGGCUCCCAUCAGCUCUGUUUCUCCUUCCUAUAAAGCGUAGAGCUUUGAGCCCAGGCUUAAUGAUGGCACUGCGUAGGCGAGGUGGCUGUGUGCACUUCUUUCUUCUCUGUGCCUGUUGGCAUAUUCUGUUUGGAAACAGCCCCACAGGACAGCGGGAGGUGCCUGAGCCCUUCGCUUUCAGUUUUGUUCCCUUAGUCAAUUUACAGCAGACAUCACGCAAUUAUUUUUUUUUAUUUUUAAGAGCAACUUUAGGACAAAAUACUCCAAUCCUUCCUGGCACCGCGUGAGCCCUAACGACUUCUCAACAUCUCAGCUCUCGUUAAUGUAUUUUUCAAACUGCUACCCCAAGUGAUUAGCCCGUAUUGUGGAUCAAUCACUUGCCAAAUUUUAAUUAAGAAAGGAGGAGAAAAAAUAAACUCCCUCCCCAUUCCAACCCUUUUGCUUUGCUCUGUAACAGCCCCGGAGCAAACUUCUUGCAGCAGAGUUUUAUAAACCCCUCCAAAGUGGGGUUUAUAAUGGAAAAGCUGAGGUGGCCUUUACUCCAGCGCACGCAGCUAUAACACAUCAAGGCUUUUCCAUGAAGCGAUGAUGAAAGGAGCAGAAGGACCUGGAAAAAAAAAAAAA